AUGGCGCAGGAGCGUUACCACGGAGCAACCUUUCCAGGUGAUGCCAUCAAACCUAUGAAGGAGAAUCAUGAUGGAGAAAAAGCGGCUUCUGUGCAGCUAGAUCGGCGUAUCCACACUGCGGAGAAACCUUAUAAAUGUUUGCAGUGUGGAAAGAACUUUGCUCAGUGUUCAAAACUUACUAUCCAUCAGCGUAUCCACACUGCCGAGAAACCUUAUGAAUGCUUGCAGCGUAGAAAGAACUUUGCUGUUAGUUCAGUCCUUACUAUCCACCAGCGUAUCCACUCUGGGGAGAAACCUUAUAAAUGCUUGCAGUGUGGAAAGAGCUUCGCUCGGCAUUCAAACUUUACUAUCCACCAGCGUAUCCACACUGGGGAGAAACCUUAUAAAUGCUUGCAGUGUGGAAAAAGCUUCGCUCGUCGUUCAGAUCUUACUGUCCUUCAACGUAUCCACACUGGGGAGAAACCUUAUAAAUGCUUGCAGUGUGGAAAGAGCUUUGCUGAGCAUUCACACCUUACUACCCACCAGCGUAUCCACACUGGAGAGAAACCUUAUAAAUGCUUUCAGUGUGGAAAGAGCUUUGCUCAGCGUUCAAAACUUACUAUCCAUCAGCGUAUCCACACUGGGGAGAAACCUUAUAAAUGCUUGCAGUGUGGAAAGAGCUUUGCUGAGCGUUCAAAACUUACUAUCCAUCAGUGUAUCCACACUGGGGAGAAACCUUAUAAAUGCUUGCAGUGUGGAAAGAGCUUCGCUCGGCGUUCCAACCUUACUAUCCACCAGCGUAUCCACACUGGGGAGAAACCUUAUAAAUGCUUGCAGUGUGGAAAGAGCUUCGCUGUCUGUUCAAACCUUACUACCCAUCAACGUAUCCACACUGGGGAGAAACCUUAUAAAUGCUUGCAGUGUGGAAAGGGCUUUUCUUCGAGUUCAAGGCUUACUGUCCAUCAGUGUAUCCACACUGGGGAGAAACCUUAUAAAUGCUUGCAGUGUGGAAAGAGCUUUGCUAGGAGUUCACACCUUACUGGCCAUCGACUAAUACACACUUCAGAAACUAUAUGA